AUGAAUAACCAAUUCCUCACACUGACCAGCCGUUACCUCUUCCCCGACGUCGAAUUAAAUCAAAGCGCAGUCCGUCUUGUUCUCGGCGACAUCUCCGCCUUCUUCACCUUCCUCCUUCUCGUCCACAGCGGCAUCUUCAUCUUCCAGAGAGUCCGGGGACCCGCCCAGAGUAGCCCCGCCUUCCGACCUUUCACCGCAGACGAAGCCGCACCAAUCCCACCACCCCUCCCAGUCGUACCACAUCGACCGGACACCUUCAUACCAAUUGUACCCGACGAGGACGAAGAUGAAGACCACGCUUGGGACUCCGCAUUCUACCGCGCUCAUAUCGGUGACCCUGGGAACUACUUCCUCGACUACUCAGUGGAGGCCACAGCUCCCCCCAGAAGUGACUCUUCUAGCAGUGACUCGGAUUUACCGCCGCCACCUGAGAGACCCGCGUUCACUAGGCUUGUGCAGGCGGGUGGUGUGUUUCGCGCGUUGAGGGGAAAUUCUACACGUGCCUCAGUGAGCUCGUAUACGACGGGUAGCGCAAGGAGUGCCACGGCGUGGCCGGAUUCUGGGCUUGCGCAGGAGACGUUUGAGGACCUGGAGAUGGAUAGGAUUGCGGCAACGCUGGUGGACUUGAGAGUGACGCCGGGAGAUGUGCUGGCGGCGCUGCAAUUGACGUAUCCGGAUUUGAGAAUAGCGCCAGUGGGCAUUGAACAGAGUGAUGGGAGUGAGGCUGAUGUGGAGAGUCUGAGUGUGGUACACGCGGACACGAUGGACGUUGACGUGCGUGUUACAGGGCUUGACCUUUCAGGUGUUGAAGAGAACGACCAGGUGGAGUUGGUGGAGAUUAUCAGAACUCUCUAUAGGUUGAAGUUGUUCGUUGACGGAAAACGUCAAUAUGAGAACAGUCGGUCUGGUUCCGGCGGUGAAGAGGAGAAUCGUGCGUCUGCUUCUCAUCUUAAAGCGAGGAAUAGUGGGUCUAAUUCGAACAACCAUAAGCGGGAUCGUCAACCUGGCUCGGGUGGAGAGGAGGGAAGUAGAGGGUCUGGUUCGGGCGGUAGUCAGGUACCUGCUCCUUCUGAAUGGAGUACUAAUAUUGAUGAAUUGUUUAUGUUGGCUUACAAUGGAUGA